AACCCAUACUUUUUCAACAACUCAAAAUAUAAUGGAAAUUUGUGAUCUAUGUCAAAAGUUCGAUAUCCGGGAGCUGCUUCUCCAGUCAGCAGCUCAGAAACCCGACGCGACAGGGAAUACGGACCGGAAUUAUGUUGACGCAAACGAUUAUCGGGCGCCAAUGCCCACAUUCUACAAACAUCACGAAGGAAUCAUUGCCCUCAAGAACUCUGCAGAGCAAGGCUGCCAGUUGUGCGCUCUGUUUUGGAAAACUUGGGUCAAGACGUUGAACAAGGAUGAUUUCACUGAAGACUGGCUUGAGAAGUACUUUCCAGGUCAACUUUACAUUGGAUCUAGUAGCUGGACAAAAUCUCGACAAGGUUUCCCAUAUGUCAUGCUCACACAACAAGCCCCUUCUGGCAAUAGUCGAACGUUGUGCUCCUUCGAAGCAUUUGCUGAUCGAGAAGAUAUCCCCUCUGAAGGAGCUGCUUUACUUGGAAGAGCUGUCUAUUCUGACCCAUCUUUGAAUGGCUGUAAAUCCGUUGCCGCUGAAUGGCUCAAGACGUGCCUUGACGAGCACAAAGAGUGCAACCCCGCUUCGGAUCAAGCACGUCCUCUACCAACUCGAGUUAUUGAUGUGGGCGAUGAGAAUCACGCUCCAAAACUCAUAGACAGCAAUGGCAAGACAGAUCCCUAUAUUGCACUCAGCUACUGCUGGGGAGGUGACUCGAUAUUCGUGUUCAAUGAUGGCACGAUGGAUAAACUGCGGAACGGAAUUCCAAUAAAUGACUUCCCAGCGACCUUGAGAGAUGCUGUGCUCAUAACUCGGGCACUCGGUAUCAAAUAUGUUUGGAUAGAUGCCUUGUGUAUCAAGCAGGAUUCAGCAGAGGAUUGGGCAAGAGAGGCUGCAAAAAUGAGAGAUGUCUACAGUGGCGCAGUCCUUACUGUUGUAGCAGCCAAUGCUCCAUCGACGCGGAGUGGCAUUUUCUCGGAACGAAAGUCUGAGAAUGGAAGAGCUGCGGUUGAAUGGAGAAAUCCCGCCGAAGAAAAGACAAAUAAAAUUCAUCUUCGUCCUGGUUCAGAGCUAUGGGAUCAUGCAUUGUCCGCAAGUGCUCUCAUGACGCGCGGAUGGUGCUUGCAGGAGGGUUUAUUGGCUCAGCGGACCCUAUCGUACGGGGCUCAACAAAUGAUCUGGGAAUGUUCCUGUUACCAAGAUGAUGAAGGAGGGAGGAUCACGAAAGCAACUGAGGACUAUCGUUCCAAGGGGUUUAUCCAAGACUGCAUUCGGAGGCAGAACACCGAAAUCAGCAAGCCUAAAGAAUCUUUGCUUGAGAAACUCAGUCUCCGAUCCCACAAGUCAGACCAAUGGUGGAAAUCAUACUCGAUCGCAGACCCGUACGAUAAAUGGAAUGACAUCACGGAACAGUUCAUGAAACGUUCUCUGACCAUGGAUUUCGAUGUGCUACCCGCACUUGCAGGUAUGGCCAGAGUCUUUCAGCACGUUCUGAAAGACGAGUAUUGUGCUGGAAUAUGGAAGAACGAGAUUCUCAGCACUCUUGCGUGGAAUCGUUCCCCGAGAUACCCAGCUGAUCAAUCGACUCGCUUUGAUCUCGCCAAACCUUCACGCUAUCUUGCCCCAUCCUGGUGUUGGGCAAGUAUACUGGGCAGGGAAUCGACUAUGAACAACAAUUGGCAAGUAAGGGAUGCCCUUAAAUUGUCUGCACAUAGCACUGCCAAGGUGGUCAGUGUGAAGACUACCUUGAAAGGUGACGAUCCGUUUGGACAAGUCACGGACGGAGAAUUGGUACUUCAUACCCGUUUUGUGAAGGUUGAUCAACUACCUCCUGCCUACUCGACUGAGCAACAAUACCUCGACAAGCCAGAAAUUCCAGAAUCAGUGAAAAUCUCCGCUUUUCAAGAGGUGGCUUACACAUACCUGUGUACUAUAGGUAGUAUGACCUACGAAUAUUACCAACAACACAAACCGUGUCCGAAUCAAGAAUUUGGAGCUGUGGAGAUUGUACGCUGGGAUGGUGCGCCAGGAAGUCAAGUUCCAGGUCUUGAUAUGUUGUUGGUGGAGUCUACAGGACGUAAAGAGGGAGAAUACCGUCGCAUUGCUCACCUUGGGUUGAGGAAAUACCCAGAGCCGGAUGAAGAGGCUGUGGGAUCAGAUGCAUAUAAGGGAACAAUUUUGGAAAGCGCUGCAUGUGAUGAGAUUUUCAAGGCCAAGUUGAAGAAGAGAACAAUUACUCUUAUAUAA